AUGACGCUCACCUCCCCGCACAGGUCGACCUCCCUUCCCUCCCUCUCGAAAUCGCGCCUCGAAGAGGUCGAGCAACUCCUUAGCCAGGAUGUAGUUCCCCUUGACGCACUCCCUCAUCUGGACGCUGAGCUCGAACUCAUCGAGGACUUUGCGCGUCGCAUCCGAGCCCGCAAGAACGACUGUCAACCUAUAUCUCGUCUUCCCCCCGAACUCAUCGGCGAGAUUAUUCAACUCGUCGCGGAGCAGGAGCCGCCACGCCGACCAUGCGUGCGAUAUCUCAACCUUCCCGCCCUCAGCAUAAACGUACACGUCGGCACGCUACCCACGCGUAGCGAGAUCGGAUGGGUCCGCCUCGCCGCCGUUUGCCACCGCUGGCGCCGCAUCGUGCUGAACAAGGCAUCUCUGUGGGCGGACUCCCUUUGUGCUCUAGCUGGCGCCGAGGAGACCAUGCUGGAUCGCGCACGGGACGCUCCCCUGACUCUUCGCGUGGAUACGCGCAGACACGCGUAUAGCGAAGAUACCGUUCGUUUCGCACAAGAGCAUCUUGCUCGGGCACGUGUCAUCGAUAUGCAUGAACGUCCUGGGCACGGCGCCGUCUCCGUAUGGCCUCAGGGUACUCGAGCCCUCUCAGGGAAUAGUUUUCCCCAUCUGGAGACGCUGAUCCUGGAUUUGAGGCUCACCGGCACAUUACCUGCGCAAAGCUCGCCCAUCCCCCCUUUACCGCUGUAUGCUCCGCGUCUGCAACAGUUGGAGUUUCGCGAUAUCUUCGUUCCUUGGACGCCUGCACCCAAGUUGACUUCUUUGUCGCUCAUCCGGAGCGACAACAGCGCAAUGGUCAUCCCACCUCUGGCGUCCUUACUAAGACUGCUACAAGCAUCACCGCAUCUGCGCUCUUUGCAUGUUCAUGGCUAUCUGCCCGAAGCCAAACCGCUCAUGUUGGACGAAUCCGGUAACGCCAUCCCGGACGAGACUGUUGUCAACUUACCAGCGCUGAAAGAGCUGUCCAUCACCUCGGAGACCCCUCGUGCCAUUGCAUUCUGGACCCACCUUGUUGUACCUCCGAGCGCGGACGUGCGCUUGCGCCUCGACCCCACGCACACAAUCCCAGUGCCCCCGCAGAUGGGUACACAGGUCCUUCUCCAGCCGAAGCGCUGCUCAAAGCGCCUCGAGCUCCUACGCGCUCUUGGUCGCCAAUUCGCACCUGCAUUAGCAGCAGGUGCCGAACGACGGGUCAGCGGCGUGUCCAUCUUUGACUUCCCCGACGAGGAGAGCCUGCGCUUCUGUCUAUUUACUCCGGACAAGGGUCAAGUCAAUGUCGGACAAGACGCAGUAUGGACUGGUCCUUUCGCGCGGGAUUACAGCUUCAGGUUGGACGUCCAGUUCUGCCGUUGGCCAACAAGCGCGACCCUGUUCGUUGAGACGCUCGAGUGCGUACUUGGCGCGUUCGAUCUCAAAUCCGUCGAGACGUUCGAGCUCAUGAGCACGAAACCGGGCUUGUCGACACGCUGGCAGAACGCCUUGGCGUCAGUGCAGACACCGUCUGUCAUCUCUCUUGACGGGAUGCCCAACUCGCAACUCCUCGAUGCGCUCAGCCCGCAGAUCGUGAAACCCACAGGAGGGGAGAACGGUAUGGCGUUUAGCAAGGUGCUCUUCCCGCAACUUCGCACGCUUUACCUCUCCGCGAGCGCACGCGUAGAUGGUUGGCUUGCGAACCUUUCCGCGCAAGGCGACGUGAUCGAUAUGCUACAGCAUCGUAAGUAUGCUGGAAACGCGCUGGAGACGCUGGUGCUCGACGAGUCGGCGUUGGCGACGCUACCGGAGCAGGCGAAGGACUUCGUGGAUUGCUUGAAGAAGCUGGUGCCCAACGUUGAAGUUCGGGACAAGGUAUUCUUCAGGCCGCCUACGCCUGAUGAUAUGCCGUGGGCCGAGACGGCGCUGUUACUCGAUAUACCGCCCAUUCCGUUAUGA